GUGUGUGUGCAAUUGCAUAAAUAGCCCUCUGUGCUAUUAUUUCUGCCAAGGUGAGAAUGGCAGAAGGAAAGAUGCAGCUAAAUCAAUGGCAACUUGUAACGGUUGUGCUACUAUUGCAUGGGGUGGAGGGGACCCAGGUAAAGCUCAACAAUGGUGGGUUUGAAGACAUUGUCCUUGCAAUUAACCCUGGAUUAUUGGAAAACACCAAAAUGAUUGAGAAUAUAAAGGAUAUGAUUGAAGAGGCUUCUUCUUACCUCUUCAAUGCUACGAAGCAAAGAUUCUAUUUCAAGCGUGUCAGUGUUGUCAUUCCUAUAACAUGGACACCCAAACCUGAAUACCAAAGAGUAACCAAAGAAUCCUAUGAAAAAGCUGAUGUGAUUGUGGCAGAGCCUUUUGUGAAAUAUGGCGAUGAACCCUACACUUUGCAGUAUGGCGGAUGUGGGGAAAAGGGACGGUACAUUCACUUCACACCUAAAUUCCUGACAAGUGACAAUUUGCUCAGUGUUUAUGGACCACGAGGCAGAGUCUUUGUUCAUGAAUGGGCUCAUCUCAGAUGGGGUGUCUUUGAUGAAUACAACUAUGAUGCACCUUUCUAUUCAGUUGGCGAAAAUGAGGCGGAAGCAACAAGAUGUUCAUCUGAUUUCACUGGUAAAUAUAUUUUUCGGACUAAUGAAGGACAAAUCAGAACAUGCGAGAUUGAAGACCGUACUCAUCUUUUUGAGGCUGGAUGUGAAUUUAUUCCAGAGGCAACACAAACUAUUCCAGCAUCAAUAAUGUACAUGCAAGGUCUCAAUUCAGUUACUCAGUUCUGUGAUGAGAGCAACCAUAACAUAAAGGCCCCAAAUAUGCAGAACAAAAUGUGCAACCACAGAAGUACCUGGGAAGUCAUUAUGGCCUCAGCAGACUUUGCCAGUUCAUCUCCAAGAAGUGCUCCUCCACCACGCCCCAUUAUCUCCUUGCUACAAACACGGGACAGAGUUGUGUGUCUUGUGCUUGAUAUUUCUGGGAGUAUGAAUGGGUUUGAUCGCAUUAAUCGAAUGAAGCAAGCUGCAGAACUGUUCCUCCUACAGAUUAUUGAAACAGGUUCCUGGGCUGGAAUUGUUUUAUUCAAUAGUGAAGCAUUUACAAAGACAUUUUUGCAACAGAUUACUGGUGAUAGUGUCCGCCAAACCCUUUCAGCUUAUCUGCCAACUGAAGCACGUGGAGGAACCAACAUAUGUUCUGGAAUACGUGAGGGAUUUCAGGUAUUUUUACAAAAAUAUUCAAGUACAGAAGGCUGCGAAAUUGUGCUCUUGACCGAUGGAGAAGAUUCAAGUGUAAGCUCUUGCUUUGCUGAAGUUCAAAGGAGUGGAUCUAUAAUUCAUACCAUUGCUUUGGGGCCAAGUGCUGCAAAAGAACUAGAAAUGCUGGCAGAUAUGACAGGAGGUUUGACAUUUUCUGCCACUGACAGUUUGGACUCCAAUGGCCUCAUAGAUGCUUUCAGUGGGAUUUCAUCUGGAAGUGGAGAUAUCAGUCAACAAUCUAUUCAGCUUGAAAGUAAAGGACGACAACUAAGUCCCAAUAGAUGGAUGUAUGGAAUUAUAUCCAUUGACAAAACUGUGGGGAAUGACACUUUCUUCGUAGUCACAUGGAGUGAGAGCACAAAUCCACCAAGAAUUAGUUUGUCAGAUCCCAAAGGAAAGUCCUACACUGUGGCAGACUUUGUAAUCGAUCACACCAACAUCCGAACAGCUCGUCUCAAGAUUCCUGGAACUGCAGAGACAGGAGACUGGGUUUACAGAAUUCUGAAUACACACACAGCAGUGCAAGGGGUGUCCAUAACAGUCACCACACGAGCAGCAUCUGCAACUGUACCUCCAGUGGUGGUGAAGUCUUAUCUGAACAGAGACAGCAACAUGUAUCCUAAUCCAAUAAUCAUUUAUGCAGAAGUCAGCCAAGGGUUUUUGCCUGUGGUCGGUGCAAAUGUCACAGCCACCAUUGAAUCUGCACCGGGAAAAUCUGUACAGCUCCAGCUCCUUGAUGAUGGCUCAGGUUCUGACAUUAUGAAACACGAUGGAAUCUACUCAAGGUAUUUCACAUUUCCCCAUGGUAAUGGCAGACACAGCGUAAAGAUCCAUGUCCAAGGAAAAGACGAGACUGUCAGACGAGUUCGCAGGCAAAGCCAAUCUCUCUAUGUAACGGGUUAUGCAGAAAAUGGUGAGAUAAAACUAAAUCCACCAAGACCUCGCCCUAGUGAAGAUGAAAUCCAGGCAAAUGUGGGAAAUUUCAGUAGAACGGCAUCAGGGGGUUCUUUUGUCAUGACUGGUGUGCCUCCUGGAAAUCCACCAGAUGUCUUCCCUCCCUGUAAAAUCACUGACCUUGAGGUAGAACUCAGUAAAGAUAAGGAAUUCCUUUUGUCCUGGACAGCGCCUGGGGAUGAUUAUGAUAUGGGGAAAGCUGAAAGAUAUGAAAUAAGAAUGAGUGAAAACCUCUUGGAAUUAAGAGAUGCUACCUUCUAUAAUGCCACUUCUUUGAACACAUCUGGUCUGAUACCUGAACUUGCUGGGGUCAAACAAUCCUUUCUCUAUAAGACAGAAAACCUUCAAAGAGAAAAUGCCACCUCAAUAUACUUUGCCAUCUGUGCCAUUGAUGAAAAUGACAAUGUUGGAGAAAUAUCUAACAUAGCUGGAGCAGUUUUGCUUCCAGAUAUCACCAGUCCUAAUAGUUCCUCUGACAAACAUAUGCCUCCCUGCAUUGUCAUUGCCACCUUAGUUCUGUUUCUAAUACUGAAAACAAUAAUACGGGUACCAUAACAGAGAUCUGAGUUAAGUGUUACUGUAAUUAUUGGUUCUGUUUAAAGCACAGCAAUUUAUAUUUUACCUGAAAAGAAUGAUGUUCUAAGACUGAAGUGUAAUAACAAGAAUAAUCACACAAUAAUAACAACAACAACAACUACUACUACUAAUACUUUAUUUUUAUACCCCGCCACCAUCUCCCCUAGGUGACUCAGGGUGGCUUACAAAGGGACAAGCCCAAAAGUUACAGAUAAACACAGAGACACAGUUAAAAUCAAUCAACAAAAAUACUAAAACGUAACAGUCAUAAACGGUAUCAUAAAACAAUAUGGCUGAGAUAAAGGUCAUAGUUGAAUUUAGGCUCAUUGAGUGCAAAUAAUUCCUAAAAGGAACCAAUGGAAAGUGCAGAAAAUUGAAUGAACGGGGACUAGGGAAUACCAUUGGUGAAAGGGUUAAGGUAUCAAUAAAGGCCUAAAAUAAAGUGCAGAACUUAAGGUGGGGACAGGAUGGUUCUUUGGUGAACUGCCUAAUCAAAGGCACAAUGGAACAUCCAGGUUUUUAAUGCCUUCCAAAAGGAGGUCAGAGUGGGAGCCUGUCUGAUCUCCCUAGGGAGGGAAUUCCAAAACCAGGGGGCUACCACUGAAAAGGCCCUCUACCUCAUCCCCACCAACCACGCUUGAGACGGUGGCGGAAGAGAGAGCAGAGCCUCUCCAGAUGAUCUCAGGGUACACACUGGUUCGUAGGGGAAGAUGCGAUUGCGAAGAUAGGCAGGUCCCAAACCAUUUAGGGUUUUGUAGGUGAUCGCCUGCACCUUGAAUUGGGACGGAAAUUUAUUGGAAGUCAGUGGAGCUAUUUAAACAGGGGAGUUGACCGCUCCCUGUAACUAGCUCCCGUAAGCAGACAGGGCAGCCCCAUGUAGAGUGCGCUGAAGUAAUCCAACCCAGAGGUAACUAGGGCAUGGACCAUCAUGGCCAAGUCAGACUUCACAAGGUAUGGGCGCAACUGGCGCACAAUGAACAAUGCAGUAUAACCUUCCUAUCUGUGAGGAUACCUUCCUGACACAAAAUCACUGCAGGAUCUUCAAGACUUCCACCAGAGAGUGUCUCCUGGGAAAUUAUGAUUAUGCUUCUUUGGCAUAUGAAGAAUCUUUUUAUUUAGAUUGAUGUCUAUCUUCCUGACAGGCAUUUGAUGCUUUUCAGCUAACCAAAUGGGGAGAACAGAUGAAAUAAAAAGUUAAGAAAGUUUCCACUUGGGUUGGUAUAUAAAUAUCACCACAUUUCCACUUCCUCCCAGGUAUUUAAUUUUUAACAUCUUUGUGGAAGAUAAAAACCUGUGAGGUUGUAUCUAAAAUAAUUGUGGUGUACUGUGCUUCUAGUUUUUUAAUUCACAGGCCUGCAAGGAAUUAAACAUUUCACUUUUUCAAUAUUUUACUCAGUUUGGAUUAAGAGCAGAUGCUGAUGUUCCAGUGUGACUUCUUUUACUGCUUUUGAACAAAUUAAUGUGUUCAGAUUAUCAAAUUAAAGUGUUUUCAAAGUCUAUUGGAAGACCUUUAUGCCUUUCUUACUCUUUACAUGUUACAAAAUAAAAACAUAAAAGCAUUUU